GGGAGCAACGUUGACAAGGCCAGUUUCAAGAAGCUGAUCCCUGUAGUCACCUACGAGGAUGUGAAGCCGGAUAUCGACCGUAUCGCCAGUGGCGACACUUCCCCCAUCCUCUGCUCCCAGCCCAUCUCCGAGUUCUUAACCAGUUCUGGGACGUCGGCAGGGGAGAGGAAACUGAUGCCGACGAUCGACGAAGAGCUCGACAGGAAAUCCCAUCUCUACAGCCUAAUCAUGCCAGUCAUGAACCAGUUCCUCCCCAACCUCCAAAACGGCAAAGGAAUGUACUUCCUCUUCGUCAAAUCCGAAUCCAAAACUCCAUCGGGACUCCCAGCUCGCCCGGUCCUCACCAGCUACUACAAAUCCCGCCAUUUCGCCCGAGCCAGAGCCGCCAACGAUCCCUACACCAACUACACAAGCCCCACCGAAACCAUCCUCUGCAACGACACCCACCAGAGCAUGUACUCCCAGCUCCUCUGCGGCCUCGUCCUCCGCCACGAGGUCCUCCGCGUCGGGGCGGUUUUCGCCUCGGGGUUCAUCAGGGCCAUAAAGUUUUUCGAAAACAACUGGACCUCGCUCUGCAAGGAUGUCAGAAACGGCACUGUCGACCACAGAAUCGUCACCGACCCUGUGGUCAGGCUUGCCGUGUCCAGGGUUCUGGUCGGACCGAACCCUGGACUGGCCGAUUUCCUCGAGAGGGAGUGCAGGAGGGACGACACAGGGAUCAUACCUAGGGUUUGGAGUAAUUGUAAGUACAUCGAUGUGAUUGUGACCGGAGCGAUGUCACAGUACAUUCCCGCCAUCGAUCAUUACGGCGGUGGAAGUCUGCCGCUCGUUUGUUCAAUGUACGCUUCUUCCGAGUGUUACUUCGGGCUGAACUUGAACCCGUUGUGCAACCCUGACGAGGUUUUGUACACGCUCGUACCGACCAUGGCCUACUUCGAGUUCCUUCCCGUCGAUCGAUUCGUCGAGAAGGCAGAUCAUGAUGAUGAUGGUGAUUGUGAUGAUGAUAAUUAUGGGGAGAUCAAGCUGGUUGAUCUCGUGGAUGUGAAGCUAGGGCAAGAGUAUGAGCUAGUUGUCACCACUUACGCAGGUCUGUAUCGGUACAGGGUGGGAGACGUGCUACGAGUUGGAGGAUUCAAAAAUAAGGCGCCACAGUUCACCUUCGUGUGCAGGAAGAACGUGGUCCUGAGCAUCGAUUCGGAUAAAACCGACGAGGUCGAGCUACAGACCGCGGUGACGAGAGCUGCAGUCCAGCACCUCGCGCCGUUGGGUGCAUCGCUGGUGGAGUACACGAGCUACGCGGAGACCUCGAACGUCCCGGGCCAUUACGUGUUGUUUUGGGAGAUCGAUAAUGGCGUCAUGAUAGAGAGGAGCAGUAGUACUGUUUCGGAGAGUUGCCUCGCUGUGGAGGAGGGUCUGAACAGUGUUUACAGACAGGGCCGGGUUUGGGACAGCUCCAUUGGGCCCUUGGAGAUAAGGGUGGUCGAGAGUGGAACUUUUGAUGCGAUUAUGGACCAUGCGGUGACAGAACUCGGGGCUUCCAUCAAUCAGUACAAGACUCCAAGAUGUGUGAAGCGUGGACCCAUAUUUGAGAUGCUGAAUUCUAGGGUUGUGUCGAGCCACUUCAGCCCUAGAUUGCCUAAAUGGGCUCCAUAAUUGCAUGUAAUAUGGUCUAAUAUGAAUGAGCUCUCGUGAAUUUGGUUGGUUGUGGUUAAUGAAGGAGUUAAUAAAUCAAAUUAUCAAGGUUUAAGAAGGUGUCUGGCAUAAGACGGACGCUGCUGCAGUCUUGCUUA